AUGAAGGGUCCCCAGAGUUUGGUUCAUCUUUUGACUGCUGCCGUGGCAUUAUCGUCAACAGUAGCAGCAUGGCCUGGUUGGCUUCCAGACAUGGAUACGCUCAUCGUGAGGCAAGAUGACGCGACAAACAGUAAUGCACAACUAACAACACCUUUAGCAGCGGAAACCAAGGCAACCCAAACAGCCGACGCAACUGCGAAGGAAACGACAACUAAUGACAGCGAUGAUGUCAAGACAACAAAUAUGAACACGGCCGGCAUAACGGCGACGGCAACAGGGACGGGGAAGGAAACAGGGACGAGCAAGACGACCGGCACCAAGAAGAGCGGCACCAGCUCCGGUAGCUCCAAAACCACUACCUUUAACGCCGACGAUCCCGCUGGCGGCAUCACUAUGAUAACGCCCGCGGCCUCCGUAGGAACACCCUUAUACAAAAUCGGCGAGACGAUAACCUGGGUAUGGAACUACACGUCGCUCCAAGGCACACCCACCGCCAUCGAUGUCUUAGCCGCCUGCAGCACGGCGUCGCAGACGGUGACCCUAACGCAGAACAUGACGUUCAAGGCGACGGGUACGUACACGUGGGACACCAACGAGUACAAGCAAACAGCGGUGCAGAGCCCGCUGUUGACAGAAAUGUACACGCUCAUCAUCUACGACGCCGAUUCGUCUCCCAGCGCCACAGCGUCCCCGGGCUUCCUGGCCACGUUCAACACCUUCAGGUUCGGCAUGUACGCGCCCAAGCCGUACGAGCCGCUCGGCGAGUGGCAGUGCGCGACGUGCAGUGCGGCGAAUGGUGAUCUGAACCAGAGAGCGGUGGGCUUCGCACUGACGAUGAGCAUUAUCACAGUGCUGAGUUUCACGUGGUUCGUGGUAGGCUUUGGGGCAAUCUUAUAA